AUGGACAGUCAUUUGUUGAUCGCCACUUUGCUGUCCUGGGUGGACAAAGAUGCGGAAAAGUAUGAUGUCUGUGAAAUUACGUUAAGUGGAUUCGGUGGCAAAAUGCGAUAGGCCGAAAUCGUCUCCAGCAGCGGCACAAUGAGCAGAGGUCACAAGGUAUCGGGCGGUUACUUGGCUUAUGAUGGCUACGUGGGUCAUGCUGUUGGAACCUAUACGAGAGCCAACGCCGGUAAUGGAGGAGACACCGUCUCUAAUCGCUCUUUGGGCAACUCCGGAAGCCCGAUGCGGGCCCAGGUCGUGGAGCGCUCUGCCAAUGGAGUGAAGCGACGAGGCGGA